AAUCAAAUGUCAAUUCCACGUGUUGUAGUUCGUCCGUCAACUUGUGGGCGUAUCUUAGGGUGUUGCCUAUCCAGACUCGGUGCGAGUAUAUACCGAAUUAUAGCCAACAUAGUUAGGACGGAACCCACCAGGCCACUAAACCUCCCGCUGACGCAACAUCAGCCGCUGUUGACAGCAGCCACAAUAUGUCCUUAAAUUGAAAGAGUCAACCAACAGAAAAGCAUCCAUCUUCAGCAUUUGUGACAUUGAACGCCAUCUGAUCAGAUUUUAAAAUAUGCCGUCCUUCAUCAAACAGGCCGCCGAGGCUGGCUUCGCCAAUGCAUCAAGCUAUGAUCUUCAUCGGCCAUCUUAUCCUGCAGAGGCGGUAGAUAAGCUGCUUGGCGCGCUCGGCCUCAUUGGCGCGAAUGGCGCCAAGGUCUUGGACCUUGCAGCUGGCACUGGGAAAUUUACAGAGCUCCUCGCUCGUAGACCAGAAGCAUAUGAAAUCACAGCCGUGGAGCCACAUGCUGGCAUGCUCCAGGAAUUGGACAAAAAAGCACUGAAAGGCGUCGUGACCAAGUCUGGAACGGCAACAAGCAUCCCGUUGGAAGAUGAAAGCGUAGAUGCCAUUAUCAUUGCACAGGCAUUUCACUGGUUCGCAACCCAAGAAACUCUGCGGGAGCUUCACCGCGUGUUGAAGCCCACCGGUGUUCUUGGGCUUAUUUGGAAUGUUGAGGAUUACAAUGCACCCAAGUCGUGGAAGCCAACCACUUUAUGGGAAUCCAAAGUCAAGAAUCUCAUGUGGUCAUUUGAUGACCAUAAUCCUCGAUUCCGUCAUGAAGGCUGGAAGAAGGUCUUUGAGGAUCAAGUGAAGAGCAGUCCUCUGACAAUCCAAACCGUCGAUCCAUUGUUUUCUCUUCCACUCGGCGAAGAGAGCGUGCCCUUUGAGCGUUGGCUCAGCAAGCAAGGCGUGUGGGAUCGAUACAAUACGUUGAGCCAGAUUGCUAUACUUGAAGGAGAAGACAGAGAGAGAGUUAAGAAGACAGUCUUUGACGCCCUAGACGGAGACGAAGUUGAGAAGAACGCAAAUGGAGAUGUUGCAAUCCACGGAAGCACUUUCCUUGCAUGGACUACAAGUAUCCCCACAGACACUCUUGGUCAAUGACUUAAUCCUGACCAAGGCUGCGACCCUAACGAAAUCUGUCAGCACUGAGCUUGAUAGAUGAGGGAUUCCCCUGGACUUGGCAUUUUCUAUUUCCUUUUAAUUAUUUGAAUUCGGGAACUGACCGAGACGAGAUACGUCUAGAUUGAACAGGUCAUGGAGGAUUGGAAACCGCUUUUGAUUUCAGCAAUUGACAGAGCAAGACAUAUUGCCGCGAGCAACACAUUGCCCUUGUCAGUGGACACAGAGCAUCGUAAAUUUGGUUUACAACCAUAUAUAAGCUGGAAUAGCAGACCUUCGACUCUUCAUUGUCCGCAAAUAGUUUUUCUCAGUUCCCAGGACUGUCUGAUGUCAGGCUUCGCUUUUGUUGAAAAGUUCCAUGUAUAAUAAUUUGCUUGAUUUCCAUCUGUUUAAACGUGUAGAAAGAUCUAUGGUAUUUGAUUCCCGUGUCCUUAAUGCCUCCACACAAUAAAGUUGGCAUCAGUGGC